CCCCCGUUAUUUCUUAAACACUUAAAACCGAACUUAAAUAUGGGAAGACCCCUUGUCCUUUUGGGUAACACGGAGUCAUGAUUCUCCUUUAAAUUCUUUCUUGUCUGGAUCUGCCAUUGGCAUCAACAGCAGCACCGCUGCUGCUUCUUGAUGUUGUGAUCUGAAAUACGCAUGCGCCCGGUAUUGGAAUUACUGCACUGGCGAGAACAACUUAGACCUCGUCAAGUCUUCACUAAAAGAAACCGAAAACCAUAUAAUUUUAAAAUUGCAGCCGUAAGCGCGAGAGGGAUGAGGACGACGUGUGUCUUGUUGAUCUUCUUCAUGGCAGCUGUGAUGCGCGCUCAAAGUGCCAGUGUAAAUGACCCUAGCAAUAUGCCUUUGGUCAAAGAAACGGUGGACAGACUGUUAAAAGGUUAUGAUAUACGACUGAGGCCAGAUUUCGGAGGUCCUCCAGUUGGAGUGGGAAUGAAUAUAGACAUAGCCAGCAUAGACAUGGUAUCAGAAGUCAACAUGGACUACACAUUGACAAUGUACUUCCAGCAGGCCUGGCGAGACAAGCGGCUGUCCUACUCAGAGAUCUCCCUCAAUCUGACCUUAGAUAACCGGGUGGCUGACCAGCUCUGGGUCCCCGACACCUACUUCCUCAAUGACAAGAAGUCGUUUGUUCAUGGUGUCACAGUGAAAAAUCGAAUGAUCCGACUGCAUCCGGAUGGCACCGUAUUGUACGGCCUCAGAAUUACGACCACAGCUGCUUGUAUGAUGGACCUAAGAAGGUAUCCACUAGAUGAGCAAAACUGCACACUGGAAAUAGAGAGUUAUGGUUACACCACUGAUGACAUUGAAUUCUACUGGCGAGGAGGAAAUAACGCUGUGACAGGGGUGGACAAGAUUGAACUGCCCCAGUUCUCCAUUGUGGAUCAUAAACUUAUCUCCAAGAAUGUUGUCUUCUCCACAGGUUCUUAUCCACGUCUUUCCCUGAGUUUCAAGCUAAAGAGGAAUAUUGGAUAUUUCAUCUUGCAAACAUACAUGCCUUCUAUACUUAUCACUAUUCUGUCCUGGGUCUCUUUCUGGAUCAACUACGAUGCCUCUGCAGCCAGGGUGGCUCUAGGUAUUACCACGGUGCUCACCAUGACAACCAUUAACACCCACCUGAGAGAAACCCUUCCCAAAAUUCCUUAUGUCAAGGCCAUAGACAUGUACCUCAUGGGCUGCUUUGUGUUUGUCUUCCUGGCUCUGCUGGAGUAUGCUCUGGUGAACUACAUCUUCUUUGGCCAGGGUCCUCAGCGUCAGAAAAAGGCUGCUGAGAAGACAGCAACAGCAAACAAUGAAAAGAUGAGGAUGGAUUCAAAUAAGUGGCUGGUGGGAAACGUGGUUGGCAGAGAUGAUACUCUGUACGCAAGAAUGAAACAAAGAGACCUUGCUGGUCACGAUUCAAUGUGGGAGCCAAUCUUCAUGGAUGACGCAGCAAUUGGGCUUGGAGAUCAAAAAAACAAGAUGGAUACACAUGAAAACAUCCUCUUGGGCACUCUGGAUAUCAAGAAUGACAUGGGUGUUACAGAGCUGGCUCUGGGUCUCAAUGACCCGCGAAAUACCAUGUUAACAUAUGACAGCUCAAAUCUGCAAUAUCGCAAAUCAGGGCUGACAAGGCACAACUUUGGGCGAAAUGCACUGGAGCGCCACAUGACUCAAAAGAAAAGCAGACUUCGGAGGCGGGCCUCUCAGUUAAAAAUCACCAUCCCGGACUUGACUGAUGUAAACUCUAUCGACAAAUGGUCACGAAUGAUCUUCCCAACUGUAUUUUCCUUCUUUAACAUUGUUUACUGGCUCUACUAUGUAAAUUAAAGAGAAACAGGACAUGAGUGAAAUCAAGCACAUCAAAGGUAAAUAAGAAUUUAACGUUUGUAUUUGAGUGACUUCAUAUUUAUGUUCUCUUGUAAAGCUAGAUGGAAUUGCCGUAUUCAGGACUGGAUCCAUGAUUUCUGAAAGCACAAUCUUUGCUGGCUACCACACGAAAACCUUAUGGAAAAGAGAUUACAUACUUAUAAGGUGCCUGUUCCUGAACAUUUGUUUAUACUGUUAAGUGUUUUCUUUUUAUUGAAUAUCUUAACAUCUCUCAAUCUGUUUGUUUUUAACCACUAAGUCAAUUUUGAUUUGAAGUACACAUCAUCAACAAUGCUAGACAUAAACUUAUAAAAAAACCAUUUCAAAAAUGUUUACUUUCACUGAGACUGCUUAAAAAUGAUGAAACUAACUUAAAGCCUACAGGGUUAUCUCACAAUAAUCAUGUCAAAGACUAUAGGCUAUCACUGAUCUAAUUGCAUGAACUUGCUGAAAAAAAACUGUAAAAAUGCUAAAGAAUGAAAAUAUAUUGUAUGAUAUAAAGUUAACAUUUUUCUAACAUUGUGAUUUUUAAAACUUUUUCUAAUGUAAUACAUUGAUAGCACUACAAAACUGUAUUUUCCUGACAUCUUUGUCAGCUUAUCAUCCUCUUCUGUAAAUUUACAAAUAAUAUCAACAAUGUGUACAAAUAUCCUUAAUAUGCUUGUCGAUUUCAACAAAUAAAAAAUAGGAUAUAACUACUACGACUAAACCAUUCAAAACCUCUAGUUUGGUUCAAUGUAUCAAAAUCCAGACAGACUGGAGAACAAGAAUGGCAAAAAAAACAUAUCACAAUUCUGUUCCUGAUUACCUUUUUUUUUGUUAAAAGCACAUACUUAAAUAAAAAAGGCCCCAUGGUUCAUUUAAAAAAAAAAGAAUGCAAGAGUACAACAUUUUACAUUUCCUUUUUUAUGGCACUACUUCAAUAGCUUUGUAUAGGUUUACUGAUUAUUAGCUUCUGCAAACAUUUUUUCUGAUUGUUGUAGAUUUAAUAUUUUUUCCAAAUCAAGAAAAGGCUCAUUGCAAUUAAACAAGUUUAUCACACACACUAUGAUUCUAAGAUUUGGAGUGCACAGUUACAAGUAUGCUUUUAUUUUAGAUUGUUUACAAGCCAAGAGACUUAACCACACUCCUUGCACUUGGUGCUUUUGGGCCUCAUCUUGAGACAAACUUAAUUAUCAUUACUUUAUUUUUGUUGUCAAAAUUUAUUAGGAAUUAAAUUGCUUGCAAAAUAUACUUAGAUCUUAGGUACUUUGUGCAUAACUUCAGCUCUAAGAUUUAUAAAUUAUGAACUCUUAAGAUCUAAACGACAUUAAAUUUGUGACAAACUAUUAAGUUAAAAAAAUUGUUCAAAGCUUCAUUGUAUUGGCAUUAACAUGUUACUCUAGAAUAUGGAGUAGUUGCGAAUACCUGAACACCUUUAGGUCAAUACUUUUAAUGUCAGGGAUUUACAAUGGAUUUUUUCCUCCCAGGUGUUUUUGGGGCUUGUAUUUUAUGAUGCUAUAUCCACCAAGUUUAAAAUUGAGAAUUAUGUGAAAACAUAAUGCCAAACUCAGACAUCAAUGCAUAUCACAAUAGUCAUCCAAAACGAGAGCUGUGAUGGCGAAGUCUUCAAUUCCAACUUAGGUUCAUAAAGUGAAGAAUUAAAAAGGUAUUUGUUCAGUGCAGUACCUUCAUUACUUAACAAACCAGCACCCUACAUGUAUUUGAAAGGUCUCUGUUUUACACUCAGUGUGCCUGUAAUUCACCACAAUGGUAAAAGGCAACUUGUGAUAAAAACUUCCAAAAGUAAAAAAAUCAGCAACAAUUCAGGUGGAACAAGAAUAUCUAAGGGAUGCGCCAUGCAGAGCAUUCUACCAUGUGCCAUACGGUCAAGUUUACGUACUUUAACUUGUGCAUCAGGCUUUUUGUGAUCUCAGCAUGCCCAGUCAGAAGAACUCAGAAGGAUUACAGUAGCUAACGCCAUUGAUUUCAGAAAACCAAGUUAUUUUUAGUGCUCUCCACUCAAGUUAACUCUCACAAUUCAACCAUACUAUUGCUGCUCAUAUUCCUCUUCCACUCAUGAUCAGUAAAUGUUUGUGCAUUGGUUUCUCUUUACCACAUUGCCACAUGCUAGUUUUCACCUAACAAAAACACUAUUUGUAACAAACAACUGAGCCAGAGUGCAGUUUCCAAUGUUCUCUUCUCCCCAACACCAAGCCAGAACGCACAGCUGAACACAAAACAUGCUACUUCCUAUGAAAAAAACAGCCUUAUUCUGAUGCCCACGUGUCAGAUUACCCUUUUUCACAAAAGCUAUGUCACCAAAAUAUAUCACGUCAGAAAAUCAAUAUUUUUUUUAAAUUGACAUCAUUCACAACUUCUCCUUAUGUUUACUGAUUGGCCCAUUUGAAAUUGUACCAGAGGAUCCAAUAAGAGAAAGCCCAGAUGGAGCACUGACAGCUUAAGAAAGGAAAGAUUAGAGUCAAGCGGAAUUGUGCAAGAAGGAAAUGGCCAGGUUAUGACAAAGUGGCCUAAACAAAAACAGAAAAUGAAAACAAAAAACAACAAGAGAAACUGAAAAUAAGUGGUUCAACUUCAAAAUGAAUACACAAAGAGAUAGAAAUUUAUAUAAAAAUAUCUUUAAAUGAAUGCAAAAGUUAUUAAAACGUAAAUGAAUAUGAAGAACUGAGGGAAGAUAUUUUUUUGCACUAAUUCCAAGUGUGGAAGAUGUAAGUGAACAAUGUAGAAAGACAUAAACAAUGCAAUCAGAAGAAAAUUACUAAAAAAACUACAACAGUGUAUAUAUCAGGAAAGAUCACUGGUCUUGAUUUGGAACAUAUUGCUGUACAUACACAAAAUUAGGAAAUUAAAGCAGCACUUCCAUUUUUUUUUCUUCUGCUAUGUAAAGCAAAAACAGAGGGUGAUGUGAAACAAUGUAAAUAGUCAGCUGUGGAGUCACUUCUACUUUGUUUAUGAAAGUCCACGUUGUUUUUAACCAAAGUGUAAAGUUGUAUUCAUGAAUGUAGCUCAUGCUUUUGCACCAUGGAUUUACUGACUAUCAGCAAAAGUAAAGCAAGUUCUACAGCACAUGAUUUACUAAAACAAGAUUUUAACUGAUACUCUUCAUCAGGCCACAAUUCAGCUUUCAAAAAACACAAUUUCAACUAAUACCAGUCGCAGUUCUUGCCCUGGAGGAGCCCCAUCUUCUGUUGCCCCUAAACAACCAAAACCUAGAAAACUGAAUUCUAGGUCAAAAUUAAAUGAGUUGCCGUCCCACACGAAGCACAUUUCACUUUCCAACAGCAAACACCAACUCCUUACAGACAGCAUAUGCAAAAAGAAGCAAUAGAAAACUUGUUCAAAACGUAACUAGCAGAUGAGUUUUGUUUUAAUAUUAUUAUUUUGUGCUGGCCUUUCUAAUGUUGACCUAAAAAGCCAACAAAAUCGCAGCCAUCUGUUACUGACCAUAUAAAGAUUUGUUUAAUAAAUGUAUUUGUUGUUCUGAAGAGAGAGGGGCUUUGUGAUUUUGUUUCUGAUGUUUUGUUGCUUUCUGUGUUCAUUAUACACAGUUAGCUUAAGCAGAAUUGUACCUUUGUUCCACUAAACACACAAUCUAGCCAUUGUAACAUAUUUUGAAGUGUCUUUUACAUACUAAGUCCACCUCAGCUAUAGUUAGAGCUUUGUAAUAAUCAGAAUACUACUGUACAUGGUUUGAUGUGGUGUAUUUCAAUGUGAGCGUGCUAGGAGUGAAUGUUUUCCAGGUACAUGUGUUUUAAAGCACACUGGUAAAAAUAUAUGUGUGUAACUCACACUGAUUUUUUGUUAUUUUGUUUCAUAUAUUUUUAUACUUCUAUAUUCUAUGUAAAAAAAUAAUCAAAUUUUCAUAUUUAUAAUAUUGAGAAAGAUUACAUUGCCCUAUUGGGCAGAAAAUGUUAGGAUAUUUAUUAGAAUCAAAUCCUUUCAUAAUUGUGCAAAAUUCACAACUACAAGAUCACAAAUGGCUUGAAGUUCACUUUUUUUUUGUUGUGCAUUAGCUAGAAGGUUUUGGAAUUGGAAGGUUUUUGCAGAGUUAUGUCCUCUGGAGCAUAAAAGGGCAAUACUGUAAACGCCUGCAUGACACAUCUCAGAAAUGGUGUAUGUUUGCACACACUCACAGAAGAAGCCUUAGCCUCCUGCUACCCUGGACCUCCUGCCAAACUGCUUCAGCCCCCAUUCACCUUCUUGACACCCUCUGCCCUGAAACCAAGAGCUCUUCCCUUUUUGAAGAUAUGCCCUGUAAAAAGUCAUUUUUUGUCUUUAUUAUAAAAACAAUGGAAUUUACUACAUUGUUAAUAAAUAUUGUAUAAAGUU